UAAUGUCCAAUAGGUAGUCGUUGCGGCAAACUCAGACGAAUUUGAUCUCAUUGAUCUAACGGUGGUGGCGACGGCUAAAACACGAAAAACUAGAACGUUCACGCGCGCGCAAAUAAUUCGCUGAGCAAUAAGAAAGCAAAAUAGUAUAUACAUUUAAUAUAAAAACACUUUAUUAAAGAAAUAUAUAAAUAAAAAAAUUUAUGAAAGGACAACCGGAGUACACGAGUUGCAGAUUUUAAUAAUACGUACAGGCCUUACAAUAUUCAAAAUGAAAUUGCUAACAGUGUUCGUGCUGCUGACAGCCAUUGUUGCAGCUCUUGGGCUCAACGAAUCAGCAGGUGCCUCAUCGGAAGUCUUGGCGGGUUCUGACGAUAGUGCGGCAACUACUGUUACUGAUGAGGCAACUACUUCUGCUUCUAGUAAUCCGACCACUGUUGCUCCUGGUGAAACAACCACUGUUACUGCGGAGCCAAUCGCAACCACAUCGGUAUCUUCUGGUGAGACAACUCCAGUUGCUUCUAGUGUAGAAACCACUGUUGCUCCUAGUGAAACAACCACAAGUGAGACAACCACUGUUACUGCGGAGCCAACCGCAACCACAUCGGUAUCUUCUGGUGAGACAACUCCAGUUGCUUCUAGUGUAGCAACUACUGUUACUGAUGAAACAACCUCGGUUGCUACCAGUGAGGCAACCACUGUUACUGAGGAACCAACCACUGUUGCUACUGAUGAAACCACAUCGGUAUCUUCUGCUGCUACUACUACCACUGAGGAGUCUACCACUGCCAAUUCUAAUGAAACAACCUCGGCGGCUACAAGCGAAACCUCCUCUACUACACCUAGUAACACCACAACGGUUGCUCCGAGCGAAACCACGUCCAACACUGAUGAAACAACGGAUGCAACAACAAAUAGUACAUCUGCCUCAACUGCAACUCCAGAUACCACCCCCGUAGAGAAUGGAAGUACAAAUCCACCAUCUACAGAAGCGCCACCUGCUAAUAAGCUUCAAUGUUAUGCAUGUGAGGGCGACGAUUGUGAUGAAAAGACUGUGAUCAACUGUCCGGAUGAUGGCAGAGCUUACGAUGUCGAGGACAGCAAGAGUUUGUCGGCGAAUGCAGCGGAAAUUCUUCUUCAAAAUUAUCGUUCAGUUUCGCGAUUGGAACUCGCCGAUGUGAAGGGUUAUGCUUGCUACAGGGUGCAGAUUACAGACAAUGAUGACAAGGCAUUGAAACUUGGAUGUAUUGCCAUACCUUAUGGCCAAAGCGCCUGUGAGGCUGUGCGGAACGAACUGAAUAUAACGGCAACAGCUGAUAGUGACGAGUGUUUGGCGUGUCAAACAGACUUAUGUAACGGUAGUGCAAUAGCAAAAUUAUCUGUGGCGGUACUUUUGUCCGUAUUGCUGGCAAAGUUUUUAUUUUAAGUGAUCAGUAAAAUAAAUACUUUCUAAUUAUUUAUGUAUUUAGUUUAAUUUUAUAUUCAAUGCAUAUUUGUACACAUGUAUGUAGAUAUAUUUGUAAGUUUUAUAACUUAAAUAAAACAACAAUGCUAAACUAAA